GAGCAACUCGCCUCACCGCCGCGUCGCACGGAGGCAUAGGGGGCAAGAGCCGAAGAGGGAGCGAGAGACCGUGAUCGAAUCGCUGCACCGACCAAUGGCGACGCUCACCGUCCCCGCCGCCGUCCCGCCCGUCGUCGAGGACUGCGAGCAGCUCCACAAGGCGUUCAAAGGGUGGGGCACGGACGAGAAGCUGAUCAUCUCCAUCCUCGCCCACCGCGACGCGGCGCAGCGCCGCGCGAUCCGCCGGGCCUACACCGAGGCGCACGGUGAGGAGCUGCUCCGCGCCCUCAACGACGAGAUCCACGGCAAAUUCGAGAGGGCGGUGAUCCUGUGGACGCUGGACCCGGCGGAGCGGGACGCGGUGCUGGCGAACGAGGAGGCGAGGAAGUGGCACCCCGGGGGCCGCGCGCUGGUCGAGGUCGCGUGCGCGCGCACGCCAUCGCAGCUCUUCGCGGUGAAGCAGGCGUACCACGAGCGCUUCAAGAGGUCGCUCGAGGAGGACGUCGCGGCGCACGUCACCGGCGACUUCCGUAAGCUUUUGGUGCCUCUUGUGACUGCAUAUCGUUAUGAUGGCCCAGAGGUUAACACAUCGUUGGCACAUUCUGAAGCCAAAAUACUCCAUGAGAAAAUCCAUGACAAGGCUUACAGUGAUGAUGAGAUCAUCAGGGUUCUCACCACAAGGAGCAAAGCACAGCUACUCGCAACAUUCAAUAGUUACAAUGAUCAGUUCAGUCAUCCAAUCACUAAGGAUCUCAAAGCUGAUCCCAAGGACGAGUUCCUUGGAACACUAAGGGCGAUCAUAAGAUGCUUCACUUGCCCUGACAGAUACUUUGAGAAAGUCAUUCGGUUGGCUCUGGGAGGAAUGGGCACAGACGAGGACUCUCUUACAAGAGUCAUAACUACUCGUGCCGAGGUAGAUCUGAAGCUGAUAAAGGAGGCCUACCAGAAGAGAAACAGUGUCCCGUUGGAGCGAGCUGUUGCUAAAGAUACAACUAGAGACUACGAGGAUAUUCUCCUUGCCCUCCUGGGAGCAGAGUGAAGCAUAUAUCAGCACCAUCUCGUCUGAUCCUCCUUGGUUUGAUCGUAUAAAUAAAUCUGCAUAGAACUGUGUUGUGUUUUGUUGCCUCUGAGUGAUAUAAGUGAGCUUCUCUGCACAACAGUGCUCAUACAAUAAAAUCUGUCAUGUGUCAUGCAUCUGAGCUGCUUCAGAUACUCGAGUAUUGGUUCAUUA